UUAUGGCAGCGACACCAAAGACGACCGACCCGGCAGUGUCACCUUCGACGAGCAGACACCCUCGGUCAACUCACUGGAGGACAACCCCGCCGGCAGCGCCCAGGCCACUCAUACUACGGGCAAGAAGCAGAAGCGGUUAUCGCUGAGGACAACUGAGUCUACGGGCGAUGGUCUGGCCAACUCAGGCAGCCUGGUGUGUAACCUGGAUGCCAUUACAGAGGACGCUGAUUCACCCACGGAGACGGCCCCCAUGCCCACAUCUAUCUUUAGACAGGGGUCGCAGCCCUAUCCCGUGCCCAGUCGCAGCAGCUCGAUGGACGGCUCAGGUACGAACCCGUUUACUACGGGCGUGGGCUGUGUAUGUCCCAAUUGGCUCUGA